AUGUCUUGCUGCCCAACAGGUCUCUGCGCACAGCCCACAAAGAAAGAAGGCCGAAUGCCUUGGCAUCCUCCUGAACAUGAUGGAAAAGAUAUGCCUGAAUUGUAUGUCAACAAUAGUCUCAACGAUGGUCUGGAUCUGUUUCGACCACGACAAGAUCGCACUGUAACAUGGUACACUUGUGGACCAACUGUGUAUGAUGCUUGUCACAUGGGUCAUGCUCGAGCAUACCUGACAUUUGAUAUCCUACGAAGAAUUAUGGAGGACUACUUUCAUUUUGAUCUGCUUUAUCAAGUAAACAUCACGGAUGUCGACGAUAAGAUCAUCUUGCGAGCUCGUCAGAAUAAGCUCAUUGAUGAUUACACAACUGGAGCAGUUGCCAAGAACGAUGUUGCUGCUGUUAAGGAGUACAUCAAUGGAGCUGUGACAGCGAAACGUGCCAAGCUUGAUGAGAAGGUGGAUACUUUGAGUGUUGCUCUUCCGGAGAGCACUGGUGCCAGAGAACUGGAUGCGAGAGCUGAAGCCUUGGAACAAGCAGUGUUCAAGAGCACCCAAUUCAAAGAUAUUGAAGAAGCAGUGUCCAAAUUGCAAGACUCCAGCUCGGUUCCAGACUUGAUUGCAGCUGGAAGGGAUGCUUUGGCAGAUAGACUCGAUAGCGAACUUGGCGAAACUGUAACGGACCAAAAGAUUUACGAAGACCACGCACGAAAGUGGGAAAGAGCAUUUCACGAGGAUAUGGAAGCCUUGGGAGUGAGAGAGCCAGACGUCAUUACACGAGUGACCGAAUAUGUGCCCAAGAUUGUCGACUUUAUUCAAGGAAUUAUUGACAACGGCAUAGCAUAUGAGUCGAAUGGAAGUGUCUACUUUGAUACCAACUCUUUCAAGAAUAAGGGUUUUAACUACAGAAAGCUCAAGCCAGGAGCCGAAACUAGUGCUGAGGAAAUGGCGGAAGGAGAGGGUGCGCUCGCCAGCUCAGGAUCAGAAAAGAAACAUCCGAAUGAUUUUGCAUUGUGGAAGUCAAGCAAACCAGGCGAACCGUCAUGGGAAUCAACAUGGGGACCUGGUCGCCCCGGAUGGCACAUUGAAUGUUCUGUCAUGGCCAGUGAUAUCAUUGGAGACAACCUCGAUAUUCAUGGUGGAGGUGCAGAUCUGAUGUUCCCUCACCACGAUAACGAGCUGGCCCAAUCAGAGGCCUUUCACAACUGCUCCCAGUGGGCGAAUUACUUCUUGCAUGCAGGGCACUUGCAUAUCAAGGGACUCAAAAUGUCGAAGUCUUUGAAGAAUUUUAUCACCAUUCGCCAGGCACUUGCGGAACACAGUCCGCGACAGUUGCGAUUGAUGUUUUUGAUGCAACCUUGGGACAAGCCAAUGAACUACAGUGACCAAACUGUCGAUGAUGCCAGAUCCAAGGAGAAGUACUUCAAGAACUUCUUUGGUGCAGUGAAGUCGGUGCUUCGAAAUGAUUUUGUUAGCGAAGUGCAAGGAUGGACUGACGCGGAUCGAGCACUUUGGGAGUUCUUGAAUGAGUCUCAAAAAAAGGUGCACAAAGCGCUUCUUGAUAAUUUCAAGACAUAUGAUGUCCUUCAGUACCUAGUAGACUUAGUGCAAGAGUCCAAUAAGUACUUGUCGGCGCAAGACAAGCCAAAGAAUAUCUUGAUCAAGAAGGUUGCACUUUUUGUCACAAAGAUUCUUCGUGUGUUUGGUGUUGUAGAAGGAAACGAUAAAAUUGGAUUCGGAUCUGAUGGUGGCGAAGGAGGAUCAAAGGAAGAAGUUGCUGCGCCGUUCGUGGAUGCGUUCGUUGACUUCCGAGAAAAGGUUCGAACUGCCGCCAAGGCGAAGAGUGCACCAGUCGACUUCCUCAAGGCUUGUGACGACGUUCGUGAUGAAACACUGGCAAACCUUGGCAUUCGAGUUGAAGAUGGCGCAGACACUUCAGUGUGGAAGAUGGAUGACCCAGAAGCGAUUCGCAAGGAAGUCGAAGAAAAGAGGGAAAGAGCGGCAGAAGCUGCUGCAAAAAAGAUGAAAGGAAAGAUGGACAAACUCGAAAAGGACAUUCAAACGGCUGAAAAGGCACGACUAACCACAGCUGAAUUGUUCAAGGCUGGUGCAAAUGCUGAUAAGUGGGGAAGCUAUGAUGACGAAGGAAAGCCAUUGACAACAAAGGCCGGUGAAGCUCUUUCAAAAUCGCAACAAAAGUCCAUAACGAAGGAAAUUAAGGGGCAAGAUAAGGCUCGUGAAAAACUGAUCAAGGCAGCAGGCGAUCAAGGAAUUGAUGCCUAUAUCGAGUCACUGCAGAAGCAACUUGAGGAACUGAAGGUUUCACCGUAG